AUGGAUAGUUGGAUGGUGAAUAGCCAGAGGUCUAUUUGGGUGUUCUUUAAAAACUCUUUUGAUUGUGCCUUUGUGGGAGAAUCCUCUCAGCAUUUGUCGCUUAAAAUCACUUCUCAGCUUCUAUCAGGUCCAAUUUAUUUUUCUUUUAUCCACGCAAAGUGUAAUGAGCAGGAGCGAUCUUUGCUUUGGUCAGCUUUGUUAGCGGAAAAUCUGGCGGAGCACCCUUGGAUGUUGGCGGGUGAUUUCAAUGUCACUGUUAGCGUGGAGGAAAAGAGGGGCGGCUUGCCUUUUCGAGUAGAUGAAGGAGUGGAGCUUAGAACUUUCAUGUCGAUGGCGGGUGUUUCGGAUGUUGGUUUUUCGGGGUCCCCUUUCACUUGGUGUAAUAAUAGGGGGGGUAUGGCUCGCAUUUGGAAACGCCUGGACAGAAUGCUUGUCAAUCAAACGGCCGUUCUUUCAGGGGCGCAGUUUCAGGUUCAACAUCUAGGGAGGGAGCCUUCGGAUCACGCCCCCCUUUUAAUGUCAUCGUCGACGAGGCUGGAUAACAAGCCUAAACCUUUUCGGUUCUUGAAUGUUUGGACGACGAAGCCUGGGUUUUUGGAUGUCAUUAGGAGGAGUUGGGCAGCCCCUUGUUCUGGGCGUCCUUUGCAACGUUUAUCUGCUAAAUUGCGAAAUGUUAAACGGGACCUUCAAGUUUGGUCUCGUGUGGAGUUUGGUAACAUUUUUGACGCGGUGAAGAGGGCGGAGGGCGAGGUAGCAGCUGCAGAGGAUGCGUUUGGAAAUGAGCCUUCUCAAUCGCAUUGGUUGGCUCUCCAGGAGGCUCGUGCUAUAAUGAGGAAUUCUCUGGCAAGGGAGGAAGGGUUUUGGAGGCAAAAGGCACGGGUCAAAUGGCUUAAGGACGGGGACAAAAAUUCUAAAUACUUCCACUCGAUAGUGGCGGAGAGAAGAGCAAAGUCUAUCAUACACCGAAUUAAGAAUGACCAGGGGGAGUGGAUAUCAGAUGAAGGUCAGGUGUCUGCUAUUGGGGUUGAGUUCUUCAAAUCCUUACUUUCGGAGGAGACUGCCGGCGGGUCAUGGAGUAUUUUGGACGUAAUUCCUAAGGUUGUUUCCGAUGUUCAAAAUGCUGAUUUGGAGCGGUUUCCAUCUCACGAGGAGGUAAGGGAGGUGGUGUUUAAAAUGGAUGGGGAGAGUGCGGGUGGGCCAGAUGGAUUUACAGGCACCUUUUUUACAUUUGCGUGGGAGGUGGUGGGCAAUGAUUUGUGUGAAGCAGUGAUUAGUUUCUUUUGUGGUCAUGAGUUGCCGAGAAGCGUUUCUUCGACGUGGAUAAUGCUGCUUCCCAAGGAGUUGAUAUCUGAUAUUCGGAAAUCUAAUCGAGGGGGCAAUGUAGUGUUGAAGUUGGAUAUGGCCAAGGCCUACGACAGAGUCUCUUGGCCUUUUUUGUUACAGGUUUUGCGUAAGUUUGGGUUUGGAGAGAGAUGGAUUGAUAUGAUUUGGAGGCUGAUUUCGAAUGUCUGGUUUUCGGUUUUGAUUAAUGGUGUCCCACAAGGUUUCUUUAAAUCUAGUCGUGGGCUACGGCAGGGGGACCCUAUUUCUCCAGCUCUUUUUGUGAUCGAUGCCGAGGUUCUUUCUCGCCUGUUAAAUUCGUUGCUUUCCUCCCCGCUCUUCUCACCGUUUAGUGUAUCCCAAGGAUGCCCGAAGGUUACGCAUCUGGCUUAUGCCGAUGAUGUCGUUAUCUUUUCUAGCGGGCUGAAGAGGUCAGUUCGUUUGGUGUUGAAAGCUCUGGAAGAUUACUCUUUGGUAUCAGGUCAGCAGGUGAACCAUCAAAAGAGUUGUUUUUUGACCCAUAGCAACUUUCCCAGGGCGAGGAAACGUAUGCUUGGAGAACUCACGGGGUUUUCCUCGAGGGAGUUUCCAGUUAAAUACUUGGGUUGUCCCUUAUAUGUCGGGCGGAGGAAGAAAGUUUAUUUUUCGGCAAUUUGUGAUUCCAUACUGGGCACGGUGCUAUCGUGGAAGGGGAGGUUAUUGUCGCAUGGUGGUAGGCUGGUACUGAUCAAGAGUGUGCUAUCUUCUAUGCCUCUUCAUAUUCUUGCGGCAUCGACUCCUCCCAAAGCUAUUUUUGGGAUGCUGGAGAAGACGUUUGCUAAUUUCCUCUGGGGCUCCUCUGAGAGGGGGCUGCGUUUCCACUGGAUCAAAUGGGAACAGUUGUGUCAGCCAUAUGACAGGGGAGGUGCUGGGUUGAGGUCGUUGAGGCAUGUUUUCGAGGCUUUCUCAAUGAAACUGUGGUGGCAGUUUAGGUUGCGGAAGUCCUUAUGGGCUGAGUUUUUGCAUUAUAAAUAUUGCCCGAACUCUCACCCUUGUUUUACUGAAGUCUUGCCGGGGAGUUCUUGGACUUGGAAGAGAUUGGUAUCUAUUCAGGGGGUUGCUGAGAAACAUAUUCGCUGGAUCUUGUCCAACGGUUCGACAAGCUUUUGGCAUGAUGAUUGGUUAGGACAAGGUCCGUUAUGCCGCCAGGUGGAUACUUUCCAGGAAUAUGCAGUUUCCGAAUUCGUGGAGCACGGUCGGUGGAAUGAGCAGAGCCUACGCUCUGUCUUGCCCAGCUGGUGGGCGGGGCAGAUCUUGAGUGUUGUACCUCCCGCUGAGGCGCACUCGGACAGAAUGGUCUGGUCUCCCAGUACCUCAGGGAAUUUUUCCCUAUCGUCGGCCUACCAAAUUGCUCGAGGGGUUGGUAACAGGUCUUGUCUGUAUUCCUCGAUCUGGAGUCAGGAUUUGCCGUGUAACGUUUCAUUUUUUAUGCUGCGUCUGCUGGGAGGCAGACUGCCAGUGAUGGAUAUUUUGCACAAGUUUGGGGUUGUCGGGCCGUCUCGGUGUUUUUGUUGCUCCUUCCCAUGCCAGGAGUCUCUGGACCAUAUUUUCUGUACUGGGGAGGUUGCACGGCGAAUCUGGGCUAACUUUGAAGUGGUGGUGGGAGGGUUUGGUGUUUCCUCGACGAUACGACAUAAGUCGGUGGUGAAGCUAAACUCUGACGGAUGCUCUAGGGGUAAUCCUGGCAAGAGUGGAGGAGGAGGCGUCAUUCGCGACUGUGCGGGAAGGUUUCUGUUAGGGUUCUCAUGUUUUUUUGGGGAGCUGACGAGUCUGCAGGCGGAAUUAAAGGCGCUUCUUCAUGGGAUUAGGUUGGCCUUGGAUCGGGGGUAUCGUGAGUUGCACAUCGAAUCAGAUUCUUUGGUGCUAGUUCAGAUUGUUAGGGGUACAGUGAGGUGUCCAUGGCAGUUGCAAAGUGGUUUACAAGAGCUGAUGGAAGCUAGACGGUAUAUUAGGGAGAUUUCCCAUUGUUUUCGAGAAGCGAAUAGGCCUGCGGAUAGAUUGGCCAAUGUGGGGGUGGACUUUGGGAUUAAUUCAACGUAUGGUUCGUUCUCUGACUUGCCUCGCCUGGUGAGAGGUGAUAUUACGCUGGAUCGGUUGGGCGUUCCGAGCCUUCGUAGGAGUAGAGUUUCGUUAGCUUGUUAG